GGCCUCCGGGAGCUGGGACUUACCCUCGCCGGAGGGCUCCGGCUCCGGGGCCGGGGUCAGGCUGGGCUGGGCUGGACGGGGGCCCAGGGCGGAGGCCGGCUUCAAGCUGGGGUCCGCAGGGUCUGGGGUGAGCACCAAACGGAUCGCAGGGAACCUGGGUUCUGGUCCUCGCUCAGCCUGAGUUGGCGACUGACCUUGGACUAGCUUUGUCCUCCGAGGGCUGCCGAAGAAUGGGCUGGCAUUGCCAGCGUUCUGUGGCGGCCGCGGAGUGGCUGGCAUGCGGCUGUAAAGUGCAGCAGUCUCCGGGGUCGCUUCACCGUCCUGCCUCCUCCUAGGAACUCGGGCCCAACCGGCUGCAAACUUGUUUGUGGAUGAAGGGCCGGAGCCACUCCCCCAUUCCCGUCGCACCGCGCACUGCCAGCCGCAGCCUUCCACGGGCCACCACGUUCUCACUGAUGAAGACGACGAGGCUCAGCGAAGGAAAGUGAAUUCUCACGUUCACGGGACCGGGACACCGGGGUGCAGAGACCAGGUCGGUGUGCGGCCCACGUCUUGAGGCCUGGAGGUGUCGGGACCUCAGCAUGCCCUGGGACGCGCGGCCCGGGGGCGCGGAAGGCGGGCCCGAGGGCGCCGGUGCCGCCCGCCUGCGGGUGCAGAAGCAGUGCCGGAAGUCGUCCUUCGCCUUCUACCAAGCCGUGCGUGACCUGCUGCCCGUGUGGCUGCUCGAGGACAUGCGUGCCAGCGAGGCCUUCCACUGGGACGAGCGCGGGCGCGCCGCCGCCUACUCGCCGUCCGAGGCGCUGCUCUACGCGCUGGUGCACGACCACCAGGCCUACGCGCACUACCUGCUGGCCACCUUCCCGCGCCGCGCGCUCGCCCCGCCCAGCGCCGGCUUCCGCUGCUGCGCCGCGCCGGGCCCGCACGUGGCGCUGGCCGUGCGCUACAACCGCGUGGGCAUCCUGCGACGCAUCCUGCGCACGGUGCGCGACUUCCCGGCCGACGAGCGGACGCGCCUGCUGGACCGGCGAGGCUGCAGCCGCGUGGAGGGCGGCGGCACCUCGCUGCACAUGGCCUGUGAGUUGGCGCGUCCCGAGUGCCUCUUCCUGCUGCUCGGCCACGGCGCCUCACCGGGCCUGCGCGACGGCGGCGGCCUCACGCCGCUGGAGCUGCUGCUACGCCAGCUGGGCCGCGACGCCAGCUCCGUCUCCGCCGCCGUGGAGGACUCCUCCUCUGCUGCCGCCACCGCCACCGCCGCCACCACUCUUGGGGAACCCCGCCAGCGCCGCCUGCUGCUCCUCGACCUGCUGGCGCUGUACACCCCCGCAGGCGCCACAGGCCCGGCUCGCCGUGAGCUGCUGGGAGACCGGCUACGUUGGCAGCGGCUGCUGGGUGAGGACAAGUUCCAGUGGUUAGCGGGCUUGGCUCCACCUUCCCUCUUUGCGAGAGCCAUGCAGGUGCUGGUCACCACCAUCUCACCUGGCCGCUUCCCCGAGGCUCUGGACGAGCUCCCUCUGCCACCCUUCCUGCAGCCCUUGGACCUCACGGGCAAGGGCUAGACACAGGGGUACCCUUGGCACUGGAUUUUGAGGAUGGAACUGUUUUUCAGAGCGUUGUACUUGGCACUUUACAUAUAUUGAUCUCUGCACAGAA